AUGGCGUUGGCCCUCGUUCAGCACGAUUGCUCUGGACCUUGCACUCCGGGCGAGGGCGUUCGGCCAAUCUUCGCAGAAGGCCAGUACACCGGCCGCAUUGCCCGGGGCGUCGUGCACGACGACGACAGGAACUUUUUACUUGGCGCCAUUAAUCACCGAUCGUACGAUAUCGUCGACCUUGCAAAAGGCCCUCAAGGAACUCGUCGCUCUCUUGUGGUGGGCUUGGUAAAGGAGCGAAGAGGUACUUAGCACCAUUGAUCACCGAUCGUACGAUAUUGUCGACCUCUUCGCUCCUUUACCAGUGAUUAAUGGUGCUACAUAAGAAGUUCCUGUCGUCGUCGUGCACGGCGCCCCGCGCAAUGCGGCCGGUGUAGUGUCCUUCUGCGAAGAUUGGCCGAACGCCCUCGCCCGGAGUGCAAGGUCCAGCCAGAGCAGUCGUGCUGAACGAGGGCCAACGCCAUGAGAACCGCUGCAUUCUCUCCGACUUUGCCAAAGGUUUUUAGGUAUUAAUAUAAUUACACUGUUAUUGAAAUAUAUCAGAUAAAAUAAUCAUAAAAAGGCGCGCAGCCCAGGCGAAUCCGACUUCCCUUUAAUUAAACGGGUCGGCAAUCGCUUGUACCUCAAGGACACACAAGGGUACAAGAGCUGGUCACAGCGUGCCUUUAUCAAUCUUCGAGCCGAUAAAUUAUGGGAUGUCGUCAAUCAAUCACUCGACUCCCUUAUUGCGGACUAUCGGUCCACACUCGUCAACAUGUACGCACCUGCGUCCCUGCCAGUUGGCAUAAAUACAUCAUCAAUUCGACCUCUGAGGAACAGAUGUCGGGAAGUCGGAUCCGCCUGGGCUGCGCGCUUUUUUAUGAUUAUUUUUAUUUGA